AUGCCACUAGAAAAACUACAAGCAUUGUCAAGAGUGUUCUCGAUCCUAAGACAAACCUGGGGUGGAUCUGAGGAUCCUGCUGACUAUAGGAAUGAUAGGAACUGGAUUGUUCACCGCCGCCUUUGGAGCCGGCUACUGGUUCGAUGUACACAACUUCUACUACUUUCUGGGCAUGCAGAUGAUUUCUGGUCUGUUUCAGUCAUCUGGAUGGCCUUCAGUGGUUGCAGUAGUUGGCAACUGGUUUGGGAAGAGCAAGAGGGACUGAUAAUGGGAAUAUGGAAUGCUCACACAUCCGUAGGAAACAUAUCUGGCUCUCUGAUUGCUGCUGCCAUGCUGAAGUAUGGGUGGUGCUGGUCCUUUGCGGUGCCCGGUAUCAUGAUCGCACUGGUCGGGCUCACGGUGUUCCUCUUCUUGCCUGUUGGGCCUGAUGUGAUUGGAAUCCAGGAGGAUCUCCAUUUGAAGGAUUAUGAAAAGAGUGACAUGGACACUCCCUUGUUGGAACGACGCUCAUCAGAUGUAAAAGAAAAGGCGGUUGGAUUUAUUGAGGCGUGGAGAAUUCCUGGUGUAGCUCCUUUUGCCCUCUGCCUUUUCUUCUGCAAGCUUGUGGCCUAUACGUUCCUGUAUUGGCUUCCCUUUUAUAUCAGCCACACAGCUAUCGGUGGACAAUACUUGUCAGACUCGGAAGCCGGGGUACUGUCAACUCUGUUCGACGUGGGUGGCGUUGUUGGCGGCAUCCUCGCCGGCCACAUCUCCGACCACCUGGACGCCCGGGCGCUGACGGCCGCGAGCUUCACCUUCUCCGCGAUACCGGCGCUCUUCUUCUACCGCAUCUACGGGAACGUCUCCCUGGCGUGGAACAUCGCGCUCAUGUUCGUCACCGGGAUGCUGGUGAACGGGCCCUACGCGCUGAUCACGACGGCCGUGUCCGCGGACCUCGGCACGCACAGCUCCCUCAACGGCAACUCCCGCGCGCUGGCCACCGUGACGGCGAUCAUCGACGGCACGGGGUCGAUCGGCGCCGCCAUCGGGCCGCUGCUGACGGGGUACAUCUCCGCCAGGAGCUGGAGCGCCGUGUUCACGAUGCUGAUGGCGUCGGCGCUCGUCGCGGGGGCUGCUGCUGUCGAGGCUGGUGGUGGCGGAAGUGGUCGCCAAGAUGGAGUCCCGGAGGACGCCCGCCCAUGCUGCUAG